CAUUAAUAUAGUUACGCUUAUAGUUUAACAAAACAAGAAGUAAAAUAGUUUAGAUUGUAUUGUGUAAAGUUACACGGCUUAGCCUCUUUAGCUGUCCGUCACGUCUGGCUAAAGCUAAUUGUUUUGAACCAUUUUUAGCGUGUGACGUUAACAAUUUAUCGUUGAUAGUUUAUCAUCAUGCUGGGAGGAGGAUUCAAAGCAGAGAGGUUACGAGUUAACCUUCGGCUGGUCAUCAACCGACUCAAACUUCUUGAGAAAAAGAAAACUGAGCUUGCUCAGAAAGCAAGGAAGGAGAUUGCAGAUUACCUGUCAUCGGGAAAAGAUGAGCGGGCACGGAUUCGCGUGGAGCACAUUAUCAGAGAGGACUAUCUGGUUGAAGCCAUGGAAAUACUGGAGCUUUAUUGUGAUCUGCUGCUGGCUCGCUUUGGCCUCAUUCAGUCUAUGAAGGAACUGGAUCCAGGCUUACAGGAGGCAGUGUCCACCCUCAUCUGGGCAGCACCUCGUCUUCAGUCAGAGGUGUCUGAACUAAAAAUUGUAUCUGAACAGCUAUGUGCUAAAUACAGCAAGGAGUACGGCAAGCUGUGCAGGACAAACCAGAUUGGCACGGUCAAUGAUAGGCUAAUGCACAAACUGAAUGUGGAAGCCCCUCCCAAGAUUUUGGUGGAGCGCUACUUGAUAGAGAUUGCCAAGAAUUACAAUGUGCCCUAUGAACCUGACGCCAUGGUGCGGCCUGAGGUGUGUCCUGGAGAGGAGGCAGACCUGAUUGAUGUGGACACUGACAAAAAGUCUGGAGGAGGAGGAGGAGGAGGAGGAGGUGGUUUCACUGCUCCUCCUAUGCCCAUGCCCAUGCCAAUGCCCACCAUGCCUAUGCCACCAGCUUUCAACUAUCAACCUCCCAAUGCAGCUGGCCCAUAUAAUGCUCCUGUUGGAACCUACAACAGCUUCCAGCCCCCUAUGGGAGGAGGGCAGCCUCCUCAGUUGCCCACUUCUCCCCCCACAUACGAGUCUAUUGAUGACCUAACUGACAACUCUUCUGUUCCCCCCCAGGCUGUAGGUCCUGGUCCUUCAUCUAAGCUCUUUGACCACAACGCUCUCCCAGAUCUCCCCUCUGUUCCUGACACACUCCCCACAUCCUCCUUCGGGGGAAACACCGCUACCUCGGAUGACAUCGACUUCGACGAUUUAACACGGCGGUUUGAGGAGCUGAAGAAGAAGACCUAAUAGCUCUGUCCCUGGUCUAGACACGCACACAUAUACACACAGGCCUGUGUCGUCAUUACCCAGCUCAGACCAGGAAAUGGAAAAUGUUCAAGGCUCUGAAUCAGAUUUGAAAAAUUCACCCCCUUCCAUGGUGAAGUAAACUUACACAGAUACUAAACAUACAUGUAUUUUUACCUUUAUUACUUUACUGUAUAUAAAUAUGACCAAUUCAAUCAUGGGGUGAAGUGUCACUUCUGUUGGUAAUAUCAGUGAGUACCCCAUGUUUUAAUUUGAUGACACAUUAUAUAAAUUCCUACAUAAAACAUGCAGGUAUUGACCCCGUUCACUCCUCAUUUAUGGUCUCACCCACUUUUAACUUUUUCUGUUUGUGUGAUAUUACUGGCUAAUCAAACCUAGAUUUAAUUGUUGCUUAACUUAGGCUUUUGUGUCUGACUGCUAUUUACAAUACAUGCCUUGAUUCUUCUUUGCACAUGCUGUGUGGCUCUGAUCUUUGCCGCUGUGUCACCCACUCUCAGACCAGUCAAACAAGCCUGACUGGCAGUCCCAGUUUGAUGAGGAGCUGGUGUUCUCAUAAACAAAACCUAGAGAUUAUUUUAGAGGUGAGGCUCCAGUACCAAACAGUUUUUUUUCUCUUUUUCAUGAAGGUAUAACUGAUAGAAGCCAUAUUUUCUGUGCUUUGGGAAGUCAUGUGGAAAGGAUUUGAAAAGCUCUUAAUUCACUGAGGUUUUCAAACGUCAAGGUUUAUUUAUACCAGACAUAAAGUGAAUGACACCUUCCAGGGGUGACACAUUCACUCAAACCUCUUUUGUUCAUCUGUUACGGGGAGGUGGGGCACCGAUGCAAAUGUGUAAUAUAAUAAAUAUAUUUACAUGAAUGAUUAACUGUACAGCAAAAAGAGUUUAGUAGUAGGGAGUUGUUCAAUAUUUGGCAAAUCUGUUUUUAUAUACAGUAUCUCAAAAAUAAAUUUUUUUUUUGCUCUUUUGAA